AUGGAUUCUAUAUUUCAUCAUCCACCACCAUCAGAAGAUUACGUUUCUUAUUCCCUUUACUUUCCUCCUCCUUCACCUUCCCCAGACACAAAUAAUGCAGACACAAAAAAUGAUUCAAUUAAUGAUUACAUAAAAUUUCUUCAAGAAAAUAUUGUAUUAAUAUUAUCCGAAUUAAAUCAAUUUUUAAAUGGAUAUAUUUGGCAAAAAGAAUCAUUUAGAUUGAGAAUUAUCCGAGUUAUUCAUUUUUGCAUGGUAGAACGAUAUUUAGUGAAUGUAUUGAAGAUGAAUGGUUUAUCAGUUACGGAUAAUGAUGGAGAAUUUUUAUUAAUUGAAGCAGCAAUGCAAAUUCCUUCUUGGAUGGAACCUAAUAAUACUGAAAAUAGAAUUAAACAAAAUAUUCAUCAUGCUCGAUGUCAUAUUCCAAGAAGUAUUGCUCAUAUCUUGUAUAAUAAUCCUCAACUGAUUGCUCCAGCUGUUGAAGCAUUUUAUACGCGUGAUCCAAUUGCUUUGAAAGCAUGUCAAAAAAUGGAGAAAUUUCAUCCUUCAACAUCAAUAACUGUUACAGUGAAAUUUACCAAAACUUUAUAUGCUCAAAUAGUUCAUCAAAAUUUUAAUCCACCCAAACCAUUUAAACUUCCACCUAGAACAUCAAAUAAAUUUCCAGCUGCUGAAUUGGGAAUGAAAUUGGCAUGUGGAUUUGAAAUACUUUGUUCAGACAAAUAUUAUACUAAACUGCCAACAAGAUCUAAAGAUAUCAAUAUUGAAGUUACAUGGCGAAUAUUUCAUGCUAAUUUAUUAGCACGUGAUUAUUAUCGGGGAAAUUUACCAGGAUCAAAUGCGUAUAAGAAAUUAGAUGAAAUUGCCAAAGAACAAUUUUUACAAAAUAAAAUUCUAAAAAUUUCCAGUGAAGAAGAUGAUGAUAAUGAAAUGGAAGUAAUCAAAUUACCAGUGGAACAGAUUAAUGAAAUAUUAGAUCAACCAAUGAUACCAGAUGAAGUUUUAAUAACUAAUCUAACUGAAGAUGAUGAGAGUUGGUUGAAAACUGAAGAAGAAGAAUUAAAUACCUUUGAUCUAAGCGACAUGAUAGAUAAAUUGGAAGGUUUUAUCAAUGAUGAGAACGCAGGUAUUGAAGGAGCUGAAUUUUCAGAUGAACAUUAUUCAGAUGGAGAUUAUGAUGAUUUUGAUGAUUUUGAUAUGGAUGACAAAAAUAAUCAAAUCAAUUUCAAUCCUUCAAAUUUUUUAAGAAUAAUGAAGGAAACAUUAGGGCUAACUGAUGAAGAAUAUAGAGAAAUGGCAAAUGUAAAAAUAAAACAACAACAGAAUGUAGAAGAAUUUCCAACAGAUGAAGAUGAAGAUGAUGAAGUUGAUGAAGAUGAAUUAAAUAAACCAGUUAAUAUUAAUUUAAAUUUAGCUGCAAAUGUAUUAGAAAGUUUUAAAGCUCAACAGGGGUUACCUGGUCCAAUAGGAAAUUUAAUUAGGUUGCCAUAUGUGAAACCAGAACCUUUGCUUUACACUUCUGGUACUAAUUGGGAAUAUCAACCUGACCCAUCUUUGAAGCAGAUCUUGCGAAGAGAGCUUAAAAAUCAUUAUGAAAAUUUUAUUUUAGGGCGUUUUGACAAAUUGAAUAUUCCACUAUAUCUCUUCCUUUCUGGAGCUGGUACCGGAAAAUCUCGAAACGCUAAUGAAUUUCACCAGACGGCAAUCACAUGUUUGUCAGCUCAAGAAGACGAGGAGCUGUUGACUAGGAUUAAAGAAUCUUGGGUAUUCCUUGUCAGCUAUGAGACUGGCCUCGCCUUACGAUCAGAUGAAUCCAACCCUUAUCUUUCCAUUGUUACUCGUAUGCUAUUUCAACUUCUCAGAGAGAAAAUGAUGUUUCAUGAAAUUAUCAGGACAUUCAAGCCACCAGAUGCGUUGAAUGUUGUGACAUUGAUUGCCAAACACCAUAACCGAGACUUGAAAAACGUUACAGUCAUUUUGGUUGUUGACGGCAUGCAACAACUCAUGGAGAACAAAGAUGAUGGUUUAAAGUUAAAUUCUAAGUUUUACAAGACUCUGACAUUUGUUGCAGAUCUUGCAUUUACUAUCGACAAGGAGAUAAUUUGGUCCCGGUCUUUAAAAAUGAUCACUAAUACUCUCGCGGAAGACUGUGGAGGGCAUGGAAGGGCUCUAGAAACUCUGAAUGAUUUCUUGGCUGGUCGUAACAUUGAAGAAUGCAACAUCAACACUUUGAUGAACGAUCUGCGUUAUAACCUUACUGAAAAUUUGUUGGGAAUAUCUAAUGAAGGAGGAGAUCCAUUGCUUCGAGAUUGGGAAUUUUCUGAUUAUGGGGAGCAAAGAGCACUCUUGAAUCCAGUAACAUUGCAAGUGAAGUCAUGGCAGAGUUUUGAAAGUUUUGUCGCGUCAUUUCGUUGUAUAAAGUCAGCUGUUAUUGAGGAAGAUGAGCUAACAACUAUCUCAGAAGUUCACGUGGGAGCACGUUUGAAUGGUGACAUCCAAUUUAAAAACCACAAUCUACGACUUGAAAUUGCAAAACACCAUACAGACACAAAAUCUAAAAGUCUCACUGCAAGCGAAUUUAAUGUUGAUUGCCAUAAUUCUACCAUUGAUGUUCGGCAAUUCAAACAUUGUAUCAUUAAUGCCCCAGCUGCACCAUAUGGAGAUUCCUUCCUUCAUUAG